UGCAAGCAAAAUAAAAAAAUCAAAAAUACCGAUGACCCUCGUGAAAGCGGAACGGUACGAAACGUUAGACGAGUUUUUGAUGAAGUCUUUAGUAAAUUUAUCUUCAGACGGGUCCAGUUCUUAGUUUUAAGUGGACCGCACGAUUUUACGUACACGUUUUGACUUUUGAACUGUUUUUUUAUGUGUGUACAAGUCUGGAUUCAACUUGAGUUUGUAAACAAACUAGACAGGCAAGACGAGAAAACUUUCACAGGGUCAUUAACAUGUUUAUUCUUAGUGUAUUUACGAUUUUAUUCGUAAGUGUAAAGGCCCAACAAUCUCCAUGCCCAGAGUACUUUAAUUACCUCCCCGACAGUGAGCUGGACACGUGGUAUGGGGAGAUACACGCGUACUUCGACGACGACUUGAUCGACGGUGUCUUCGUCACUUUGGUCUUUGACCGCAACUCCAUCCAAAUAGGGUCCACCUUCGGGCAGCAGGUGCUCAAAAGAAGUGACACCGAAUAUGUGUUGAGGAAUCUGGGACACGAGCUUCCUGCCAAAACUCCCUUGUACAUCAAGUUUUACGUCAAGUACGACCCCGCUUUCGGACGACCCAACCUUCAGUCCUUCAGGGUGAACGGACGACCUGUUUGUCCAAGCAAGAAGGCGCCCCACAUCGAGUACGUAACCAGUAAGCCGACCAAUUUAGCCUUGAGUCCAGGUCAAAGAGAACAAGGACUGGAUGAGAUCGAUGCUGAGAAACAAGUGAUGCAACAAGAGUUGGGUAAUAGAGUCACACAAGAUGUAUCUGAUGACAGAUGUGGCAUUGUUCCCUCAACACCAGUAGGACUUAUAGCAAACGGAGUGGAAAGCUUUCCAGGCGAAUGGCCCUGGCAUUCCGCCAUUUUCAGACUGGAAGAAGCUAAAAUCAGCUACAUUUGUGGAGGCACAAUAAUCACCAAAAGGCACGUGUUAACUGCAGCUCAUUGUGUCGUCAACAGGUUUACUCGAAGUGUUUUAAAUCCUGAGAGUCUUACCCUUUUAUUCGGAAAGCACAAUUUAAGGUACGUCAGUCCCACAGAUCAACAAAGAGACGUGUCAGACAUUUUCAUCCACCCAAAUUACCUCCAAACAAGUCUCAAAGACGACAUAUCACUUUUGAAGCUUAAGACUGACAUAAUAUACAACGAUUUAAUAAGACCGGUGUGUUUGUGGAAUCAAGGCACAGGUUUAGAAAAUCUGAGGAACCAGAGGGGUACCGUAAUCGGCUGGGGGUUAGACGACAGCCGCAAACCAUCCAACAUUUUACGUAAAGUCCAAAUCCCCAUAGUUUCAACAGGGGAAUGCCUGAACUCCAAUCCGGAAGUCCUGGCUUCAAUUUUGUGGGGGAAGAACUAUUGUGCCGGUUACAGCAACGGCACUUCCGUGUGUAAUGGGGACUCCGGAGGUGGCAUGUUCUUCCGGGUACCCGGCUCCCCGCCCACCUGGCAGAUCCGAGGCUUAGUCUCCAUCGGGGUGAACAACCACAUCAACAUCAGCGUCUGUGAUGGCAAAGACUUCACCAUUUUCACCGACGUAGCUCAGUAUUUGGAUUGGAUCAAGGCCAAUUUAAGGAAGUGAUUCAGUUAAAAUAAAACACAUUCGUAUAAA